GUUUCAAAUCUCGCACGCGAAUGUUGUUCUCGCGAUAUUUGCGGCACGACUAAUUCGGGCGGAAGUAGUUUUGCAGCCUCUUUUCCGGCGGCCAUAGCGGAAUAAUCGCCAUCAUGAAGACCAAUCCGUUUGUGACCUCCUCCCGGCGUAAGAACCGCAAGAGGCACUUCAAUGCCCCGUCACACAUCCGCAGGAAGAUAAUGUCUUCACCUCUCUCCAAAGAGCUCCGCCAGAAAUACAACGUAAGGUCCAUGCCCAUCCGGAAGGACGAUGAAGUCCAGGUGGUCCGGGGACACUACAAAGGCCAGCAGAUUGGCAAAGUUGUCCAGGUAUACAGGAAGAAAUAUGUCAUCUACAUCGAGCGUGUGCAGCGUGAGAAGGCCAAUGGAACCACCGUCCAUGUGGGCAUCCACCCUAGCAAGGUUGUGAUCACCAGGCUAAAGCUGGAUAAGGAUCGCAAGAAGAUCCUGGAGCGCAAAGCCAAGUCACGGCAAGACGGCAAGGAGAAGGGCAAAUACAAGGAGGAGACCAUUGAGAAAAUGCAAGAGUGAACAUUACCUUUUUGCUAACAAUAAAUGUCUGAGGAAAAAAAGUC